UUCAACAAACGUAUUACAAGUGUAAAUGUUUUUUUUUUUGUUUUUUUUUUUUGUUUUUUUCUACUAUAAAACAUCGAUAGUGGUAUUUGCCAGUUAGCUUACAAUGAUAGCCCACGCAAACACUGAUCACUCGAGUCUACCAAUUUAAACAUCUCUGAUGCGUGUGGGCAACAGCAUACAUAUUGCAAUAAAGUUCAAGUUCGCUAAACUUGCUUUAGGCUAGCAAUACCUUCGCGCAGUUACAUAAACGUAUAUUAAUUGACACAUUUAAAUGAUUAAUAUAUUUAUAAUUUCUAGCCAAAUUAUGUGAGUAAACUAAACCGUAUGCCGUUUUACAAAGUUGAUUUUACAGUCACACUAUGAAUAAAUCUGUGACAAAACUCAAAGUUUCUCUUUAAAGGCAGGGUCACAUAGUACUUAUUUGUGUGUUAUGGUUUUUUUUUUUUUGUAAAACCCAUUAACCCAUUUGAAUGAAUAAAGUUGCCUUUUUGAAAUUACUUCCUGGAUACAAAUAAUUUUCUCAAACUUAAUUGCCCCAAAUCAGGCAUUUUCUUAAUAAUAAUGUUAUAUCAAUAGAAAUUCGAAAUUUAACAUGUACCAAAAUAAAUAAAACCAAUUCUUUCUAAUCAAAGAUUUGUGGAAAAAUAAGCAGCCUCAAUGUAUUGUUAUCUAAUUACGUUAUGUCUAAAUACUUUUCUCCGACUGGAUGACGAUGCAUAUCUUAUUAGUCAAACUCAGAUCAUAUCUCACAAUUCCAUAAUGUAUUUAUCACACGUCUUUGCGAUACGCAUAUUGCAUGUGUCAUUAUCGUGAUGACGAUAGUAUUUCGACAUGCAGUAUUGUGCAGCCUUAAUUCCUAUUUUUUUUAUAGUACAAUGCAACUACUUGAGGUAACAAAAUAUUAAAUUGCCGUCUGAUUAUGAUGCAGUACAGGUCUACAUCACCGUAAAGCACCAUAAAGAUGAUGGCCUCCUGUCUUUCUCCUUGCGUUCCUACUGCUCUGACUUCUUUUCUCUCUACAAUACUUCCCCCUGGCUUUGCUGUGGGGCCUUCAAUAUCCUGUAAGGGAAGACUUGGACUGUGGUGGGUUGGUCGAGUUCUGCAGGUUGGAGACCUGCUGGGGAGGGAAGGGGACCCAGAAUGGAUACACAAGUUGCAGACUGGACAACUUGCUCCUCAAGACCUUAUUACGAGAAUGGAAUCCAUAACAGACAGCACCAAGAAAGAGAGGGCACCUACGCAAAUAGCAGAGGACAAUGCUGUUCCGGUGCGUGACGCUGUCUGGAUCAGUUUUGCCUGCCAGGUGGAAAGCAAAGCUUCGCAGAAUGUAGCAGUGCAAUGCACGUGUGCAGAGAUGUGUGUGGGUAUGUGUGUGAGUAUGCGUUUGCGUGUGUGUCAUGAGAUCCAGCCAGGAACGGAACUGUUGUUAGGUGGUGAAACUGAGGGGAGAAAUGAUGCAAGAGACAGAUUUGAUGCACAGAACAUCUCUGAAGGAGAACAAAGAGAUUACCCAGUGGAACCAUUUAUGGAUCCAGAAAUGGCUGUGCCCAACUCACAGACCACUCAGGAAAAACAAAUAAAUGACCGGAGAGAUGAAGAGGAAGAAGAAAACAAGGAACCUUAUCAACUCUCACUUGGUCCUAAGGAAGGCAGACUGGAGGGAAGUAGCACAGAUUUAACCACUACUGCUAAAGGAGCCAAUAGUGUCAUGACAAAGUUGAACUCAACAGACAGGCAGAGAACCUUAGGUGGCCCAGCUCCCUCUGUCCGCUGUAGCUCUCGCCUGGCUGCUAAACCACGACAAGUUCAUUGUCAGACCAGCCAAGGAAAAAAACUCACUGGUCAAACAAACCCAGACAGACAUAUAGACAGGCAAGAGAGUUUCACAUUGGUUACAAAGUCCUCUGCAGAAGCAGCGGUUUCCAUGGCAACAUCACAUUCUGAUGCCAUGCCUGUGAGAGCAUCAAAUGCAACAGUUGAAGCUUCUACUUGGUGCCCAGAGGUAAAAGAGAAGCGUUACAGGUAUUCCAGCUGUGGAAAGAAGUUUGAUCAGAUUGCCCACUUGAGGAAACAUCAGUUUAGUCGCACAAAGACGAAAGCCUUCACCUGUAAGGAAUGUGGCAAAAAGUGUACCUCUGCAGAGGCCUCUAAGGCCCAUCAGUUGAGCCACCAUCGGGAGUGCCUUUUUUCCUGUCCUCACUGUGACAAGACGUUUGGCCUAAAGCAGGACCUCCAUGCGCACUUGGUCAUCCACACAGAAGGGAAGCCAUAUGUGUGUGAGCGCUGUGGCAAAGCAUUUGGGCAUCGAUCCUCGUUGCGAAACCACCGUCUCCUUCACUGCAGAUUGAUUUACCCCCAGCCUCCAAAGUUGCAGUGUACUAUAUGUCCCAAACUGCUAGCAAACUCUGGUUCUCUGAGGAAUCACAUGAAACUCCACACAGAAGGGAAACCUCACAUCUGCCAGCACUGUGGAAAAAGUUUCAAUCAAAAAGGGAACCUUGAUAGCCAUUUGAGAAUUCACAAUGGAGAGAGACCAUAUCCCUGCCCUGAAUGUGACCAAAGAUUUGCUCAGAAGCCUGAACUUCGUCGCCACAGCCUUUCCCACACUGGAGGCGUGUUCCUCUGCAGUUACUGUGGAAAAUCAUUAAGGGACCCACAUACCCUCAAAUACCACGAAAGACUCCAUACUGGUGACCGGCCCCAUCGUUGCCCGAUUUGUGAAAAAGGCUACACUAUGGCAACAAAGCUGAGGAGGCACAUCAAAUCUUCUCACGUGACAGAAAAGCCUCACAGCUGCCACUGCGGUGCGUCCUACACUCUGAGACAAAGUCUUUUGAGGCAUCAAGCACAGCACCAUUCACAGGAGGAACUCAAGGCAGGACUAAGACAGAAGGCCAAACCAACUACACACCAAGUAAACUCUUGCCACUCAAGGCCAGUCAAAGGCCGACCCAAGAAAGGGUCCAAGGAUGAGAAAGUUCAGAGAAAAGGACAAGGAAAGGGAGAAGAAAGUGGGACAGGAACAAUUUUAAGGACAUCAGAGACUUCAACUCGGGAAGAUGAAAAGCCUUCAAAUGACACCCAACACUCCGUUGUAUUCGUUCACACUGACGCUACAGCUACACCAGGCUGCGGCCCUCUGCUGCUCACCUCAGAUGACUUUCUUUCGAGAACGGGACAGGAGCUGGUUGAAGUGGUUAUAUCAGGCGAUGCAGACCAGUGCAUUGUGGUCCAGGAGCAGCAAGCAGUCGGAGAUCUGAUGAUCGUACAAGAGGAGGAGCUCUGCUCUGUGGCCCAGACAGUUGAGAUAAACACUGUGUUGCUUUAACUCGUAUUCAUUAUCGGUUGAACAAUCUUCAUUGGACACAAAAUGCAUUCGAUUGAAUAAAUUAAUGUGUUUACAUUUGACAACCGUUGAAAAUGCAGGUUUUUUUCUGCCUCCAUACAACAAAGUUUUGCCAAUUACAAAAUUCGGAAUAUCUACUGAGCCCUUUUCUUUAGUGUAUUAUUUUAUGGUCAGUCUCUGAAGUAUGCAUGUCAUAUUAGGGCCAAAAGCAGAGUGGACAAAAAGUACUUAUGCUAAGGAGAAAAGUACUAACAGAGAUACUUCAACCUCAUUCACUGCCAAAUACAUACAAUACAAAUAUCUUUUAAGAAUCCAGAAAUUCAGUUGUAUUUAUCUACAGUCAAGCUCAAAGUUAUUCAUAUUAAUUUUAAGAUUGACUAUAUAUACUAUAAAGAAAUUAACAUGGUAGAGUAAAAAAGGAUUUGAUAAUGUUAUCGUUGAUUUGUUGUCUCUGUCAACUGUCUAACAAAAAAAUAUAUGUUAAAUUAGUUCCCGAUACCUGAAAAAAUAUACCUUAUACCUCAUCUUUUUUUUUUUCUUUCAGAUUAGACUGAGAUUCUGAGCACCAAAAGCUUCUGAUUUUCAGGCUGCCGCAACAAAAUGCUGCAUAUUUUCCAGCCAUAAAUCGUUGAAGCCAGUAAUAUCCAACAAUUCUUUGCUGCUGUCUAUUUUUCUCUUCAUCCAUUUAUCUUAAAAAUAAACUAGAACUUCGCAGAGAGUCUUCAUUAUCCCCUCAAUGAACCUUAAGGCAGUAGUUAAUGACUUGUGAAUCAAA